UUUUCAGAUAAAUAUCUUCGUUAACAAUAUCGACGCUUAUAAUUGAUUCUCUCUCUCACGAAGCAAAAGAAAACAAAAAGGCCAUAUGGAUUCGUUCUCGUCCUUCUUCGAUUCACAACCAGGUAGCAGAAGCUGGAGCUAUGAUUCUUUCAAGAACCUCCAUCAGAUCUCUCCCUCCGUCCAGAAUCACCUCAAGCGGGUUUAUCUCACUUUGUGCUGUGCCCUCGUUGCCUCUGCCUUCGGAGCUUACCUCCACGUGCUCUGGAACAUCGGUGGUCUUCUCACAACCAUUGCAUGCUGUGGAAGCAUGAUCUGGCUCCUCUCGUGCCCUCCUCAUGAACAACAAAAGAGGCUCUCGCUUCUGUUCCUGUCUGCCGUUCUUGAAGGUGCUUCUGUUGGCCCCUUGAUCAAAGUGGCUGUUGAUUUUGAUCCAAGCAUCCUUAUCACUGCGUUCGUCGGAACUGCGAUAGCGUUUGUCUGUUUCUCAGGAGCAGCGAUGCUGGCAAGGCGCAGAGAGUAUCUCUACCUCGGAGGCCUUCUCUCAUCUGGCUUGUCUAUGCUGAUGUGGCUUCAGUUUGCCUCUUCCAUCUUUGGUGGCUCUGCCUCUAUCUUUAAGUUCGAGCUCUACUUUGGGCUCUUGAUCUUUGUGGGAUACAUGGUGGUGGAUACCCAAGAGAUUAUAGAGAAGGCACAUCUAGGGGACAUGGACUAUGUGAAACAUGCGUUGACCCUUUUCACCGAUUUUGUUGCUGUGUUUGUCCGUAUUCUCAUCAUAAUGCUGAAGAACUCGGCAGAUAAAGAGGAGAAGAAGAAGAAGAGGAGAAACUGAGAGACUUAAAAAGUGACAAGGAAGUCUAAUAAGAGUGUUGGGGGUGUUUUGGUGUUUUUAUGAUUUGGUGUUUUUAUGAUUAGGACGUACUUUGGUUUGCGUAUUCCUCUUAUUGCACAAGAUUGUAAAUGGAUCAACUAGUUUUCGCUUUUAUCCUUACUCUCGUUCACUU